UGUUUUCCACACAAUUCGUGGUAUAAAAUUCGUAAAAGUAAACUACUGCUGCGUUUAAUACUUAGACAAUUCAACGCUAUAUUUCACUAAAAAUUAUAUUUACAUAAAGCAUGAGUAUAAACACAGGACGCGUUGGUGGUGACAUGCUCUAUGGCACCACACUCUCUGCCGAAUCGAUGAAAGUGAUAGCUGAAAGCAUUGGCGUUGGCUCAUUACCGGAUGACGCUGCUAAGGAACUGGCGGAGGAUGUAAGCUUUAAAAUUAAGCGAAUUGUGCAGGAUGCCGCCAAAUUUAUGCAUCAUUCUAAACGGGAACGUUUGAUGUUGAGCGACAUUGAUCAAUCGCUCAAGGUGCGCAACAUUGAACCACAAUACGGAUUUACGGCAAACGACUUCAUACCAUUUCGUUUUGCAUCGGGAGGUGGACGUGAACUACAUUUCAUAGAAGAAAAGGAAAUGGAUUUGAAUGAAAUUGUGCAAAGUGCUGCGCCAAAAGUUCCGUUAGAUAUAACAUUACGAUCUCAUUGGUUAGUGGUGGAUGGGAUCCAACCUACAAUACCAGAGAAUCCGCCUCCACUGUCUAAGGACUCACAAGCUCUGGAAUCGGUAAACCCUGUGGUUAAGUUGGAGCAAGGUGUGACGAAAGAUGCAGCAGGCAAGCCAGCCACGGGUAAAAUACAUAAGCUGCGAAAUGUGGAGACGGUGCAUGUAAAACAAUUGGCAACACACGAGUUGUCAGUGGAACAACAACUUUACUACAAAGAGAUAACCGAAGCGUGUGUUGGUUCAGACGAACCCCGUCGAGGAGAAGCACUUCAAUCGUUAGCGUCAGAUCCUGGUCUGCAUGAGAUGCUGCCGCGUAUGUGCACUUUCAUUGCUGAAGGUGUGAAAGUAAAUGUAGUGCAAAAUAACCUGGCGCUUCUCAUCUACCUGAUGCGUAUGGUGCGCGCGCUGCUGGAUAAUCCGUCAUUGUAUUUAGAAAAAUAUUUACAUGAGCUGAUACCAUCAGUGACCACUUGCAUUGUAUCUAAGCAGCUGUGCAUGCGUCCAGAAUUAGACAAUCACUGGGCGCUGCGUGAUUUCGCUUCUCGCCUAAUGUCGAUGAUAUGCAAGAAUUUUAAUACGUCUACUAAUAAUCUGCAAACUCGUGUGACGCGCAUCUUCAGCAAAGCAUUGCAAAAUGACAAGACACAUUUAUCUUCACUGUACGGCGCUAUUGCUGGACUAACGGAAAUGGGUGCCGAAGUGGUCAAGGUAUUCAUUAUACCACGACUGAAAUUCAUAUCGGAACGCAUUGAACCUCUGCUUUUGGGAAAUCAAAUGCAAAGUAACACUGAUAAGACAGCAGCGGGGCACAUACGUGCAAUGCUGCAAAAGUGUUGCCCGCCAGUGCUUAGACAGAUACGUCGUACGCCAGAUAUUACCGAUGAGUAUAGACAUGAUUACGGUUUCAUGGGUCCGGCCCUUUGUCAGGCAGUCAUUAAGGCACGCAAUGCACCACCAUCGACUACCACACCCACACCAAGUAGCAUUUCAAAUGCGCCUAUUACAUCGGCGGCCGCCACAGCUUCGACGGUGGGGCGACCACAAGUGACGCAAAUCAAUAGUCCUGUUGUAACAGCUAUGCCACAGUUGCGUGCCAUACAGCACCCAAUUCAACCAACGCAAAAGUUUGUCAUUGUUUCGCAGACGACCGCACAACAGGCACAACAACAGCAGCACCCACAGCAACAACAAGUGCCCAUUAUACACCAACGACCGACAACACCGCAGUCGAUUUUGUUGACCACACAGCUAAAUGGAAGUGGCAGUAGUGGUGGUAGUGCGACCAAUUCUCUUUUGAACCGGAGUGAUAGAGCAUCGGUAGAUUCGAAUUCAAUUAUUAUUGAGACCGAAGAAAUACGUGCGCCACCGGAGUUGGAUGAUCUAUCACAUUUGGAAUAAGACAAAAUAUUCUAAGAAAAAUAUGUUCAGUUAGUAAGUAGUAUUUUAAGUUUUAAGUAUAUCGAAGAAAGAAUAAACAUUCUCUUAAUAAUGUGAGCGAACCAAAUAA